GAAACCCAUGAUAACUGCUACAGUAAUGCCGUUGGAGUUUCCAAUACAAGUAUUAUCCUUGACAGCUUCAUGAGGGCAAAAGGUCAUGACAAAAGCCACGGUUACAACGUCCUACCAUCAUAUGGACGCCUCAACGGUAACAGAGGAGAUGGAUGGUGCGCCGAAAUAAAUGAUAAAGAUCAGUGGCUUCAAGUCGAUCUCGGGAAAGUUAUUGAAGUGUGUGCUGUUGCAACCCAAGGAGACAUCAGUGGCAAUAACUGGGUGAUAGACUUUAAAUUAGCGCACUCUAAAUCCUAUGAGGACGGCUUCCCAACUUAUAAGGAAGCUAACGGCUCGGAAGCGGUAAGAUUUUGGCCAAAAUGUCUUGGUGCAUCUAAUAUUUCAUCUUUCUACAGUUAGAUUCAGGAAUAAGAGUAUAUUGUGCAGUCUGAUCGUCCGGGUGAGAGUAGUCCUGAGAAGGACUGUUGAAGGUAGUACUGACUGACAUUUCUUUUCUUAGUUAGGAACCAGCUUUUUAGAGUAAGUCACUUAAAUUUAUUUUUGCUUGUGGUUGAUCAUCGCAUAGAGUCCCAGCAGACAGUGUGAUUCGCAAGGUUAUCGAUGAUGUUCAGAUUUGCAAUUGUUGACGAGACCAUUUCUGGUAACUUAUCGCCAACAUAACAUAAUCAAACGGUAUCGCUUGUCGGCAGGUCGAAAGGGCGCGUUCGUCAAUCUAUAUUCUUCAUCUCAGUUUCUGCGACAACAUUAGAAAUAAGCCACUCCAUAAUGGUUCCUUUUAGUUGUUUACAAUCUAAUAUUUAUCGUUAUUGAAUCCUCUUUUUGAAAAAAAUUAUUUGAAAAACUUGUGACUGCGUUAUAUUUUCUUAUUACGUAAUAGAUAUUUCACAGACAAGGUGGAUCCAACGCAAUUGACCAACAUGCACUGGAAGUUCCGGUUUAUGCAAGAUACAUUCGUUUUCUCCCAGUUACUUGGCAACGAUCUAUUUGCCUUAGAGUCGAGGUUUACGGAACCAUCAGUGAGUUUGCUUCAAUUGAAUUGGGUUUUUGACGUUAACUUUUGCAAUGAAUUUCGAGGUAGUUGCUAAAAGAAAUAAAUUGUAGCCUUUUGGGGACUUUUACAUUUUUGAGGUUGGUGUUAUUCUUGACAUGCACUAAAAUUACCAUAUGCAUUUGGACGCAAAUAAAUUCCAAACCUCUUCUGAGAUUUCAGUUUUUCAUAACUAUUGUAUCUCUUAAUUUUAGGCUCUUCUGCCUUUGAUGUAUCUCAUAUUUAUACCAAAGAUUUUGCGUCAUUCACUACUUUUGUUGUUUACAUAGUGAAUAGUACAUACAGAAGCAUAGAUCUGGAUUUUCUCUUGGAAUAUUCAAAGAGAAAAACUCCAUAUCUACGAACAACCACCUUUUAAAAAUAAUCAUAAUUAUUAUUAUUAUUAUUGUUAUCAUCGAUAUUGUUAUUAUUAUUGUUGUUAUUAUUGUAUCAAUAAUAUACAUGAAAAAAUUACUCAGUUCUGAUUGGUUAAGAUAAAUGAAGUUUUCAAGUAAUUCAAUGCAGAAGAGGGUUAAUUCAGUGCAAAGAAAGAUAGCCAAUCAAAUGCGAGCCUUGGAUGUCGCAACAUUUGGAUACGCAAAAAAUUUGCGAGCGAAACAAUGGCCGGCGUUUUAAAUUGGUUUUCUUUUGCCACCGUAACGACUAUAGUGCGGCUGAAAAGCAGCUGUUACAACGAAAACGCUGUAAAAAUCAUUGCUUUUUGGUUGUGGGCUUGGAAAAAGUGGUUUUUAGAGAAGGGAAUUGCCAAGGAGAUCGAAAAUUACGAGCCGGCCCAGCUUAACACUUUACUCGAGCAAUUCUACGCCGAAAUUAAAAACAAACAUGGUUAAACCUCGCAAACAACGAUUCCAUUCCAUCGAAAGUGAUUCAGAGACAUACUAAACAAUUUCUUGAACUUAAAGCCGGACUUUGAACUUUUUGCGCCCCUUUUUACGCCUUAAAUAUGUGAAAAUAUCAUUGUAUAUUAUUGUUCUGAUGGGGCGCGGUUUUUUUGACUGAACACACAAUGUCACUUGCAGGUUUGAAUAAAUUAUUUUCGAACUUGAUGCGUGCGUUUUGCUUCUGCAUAAUUAUGAUAAGCUAUCUGUAUUUUUUCAUGUAUAUCAUUAAUAAGUAAUCACAUGAUUUUUCUCGUGCUAUUUGAAAUUAAGGAGCACUUGUUAAUUUUUUCGAAGACUACAAAUUGCACUCGCCCUACGGGUUCGUGUAAUUUUGUUGGUCUUUGAAAAAAUUUAGUCGUGCUUACUCAUUCCAAAUUGCACUCGAAAUCAUGUGAUUACCUAUACAAACAACACAGCUCCCAAGAAACGUUGACCUGAACGCUUUGCAAUUCUCUCAUCAACUUGAUAGAGAGGUGCCAAAGGCAUGUGACGUGUCAACAGCUGGUUGCCGAUAUAAAACACACCUAAAAAAAUAUGGCAGUUCUGUGCGUUUGUAGCUCUCUCUUAUAAUUCCUUAAAACACAGCAAUUUAUAUAAGAGAGCAGUUUUUACUAAUUCGCUAACAAUUCGGUAUGAUGCAGUGAACAAAAAAAGAAAGACUUGACUGCCCGAACCCAUUUCACUGCAUGUGCUAAGUUGGCGUCAAUUGGCAAUUGAAAAACAGCCAUGAGAGUUGUUUAUACUAUUUAGAGUGUGCAGAGGCUCGAGGGUUGGAAAGCGGCGCCAUCUCCGACAGUCAAAUGAGCGCCUCUUCCGAAUGGAGUCACAAAGAAAAAGCUCAUUAUGGUAGACUUCAUGUAAAAGAAACACAGGACAACGCAGGUGGCUGGGUGGCUCGCACAAAUGAUAAAAACCAGUGGCUGCAGAUUGAUCUGAAUAAUCGAUACAUUAAAAUAACAAGGGUUGCAACACAAGGACGAAACAUCCUUAAUUCGCCGGAUAGAGUAACCAAGUACCGUCUGACUUACAGCAACGACGGACUAAAUUUCUACUUUUAUAAAGAGCAUGGACAUAACGAGGCCAAGGUUUGAUAAUUGUCCGAAAUAACUUUUUCUUUCGUUUUCCAUAAAAUUCAUACAAACUGGGGAUAUUGUUAAGAAAUACCUUGUGGGAGGAAAACCACUUCGCUAAGCGACCAAUUUCUAGAAUUCAAAAUUCAACAUAGAUCAGGGUAAAACACUGCAAUUCUCCAAGGAAUAAGCCCUUAAAAUACCAUCGUUCAUUCCCCAAAGCCUGUUGCUUUAGGAGAUUCAGAGCGCUUGUCUGUAAAAAUCAGACAAAUUCUAAAUUUCGCGGCAAGGGUGAAAAAUUCGAUUUCUUUCUUAUUUUAAUAUUAGAUAGGCUAGACUAUAACUAAAAUCACUGGAUGCUUUUUUUGGCAAAAUAUCGUUUUAUUUCAGAGAAAAAUACAAAUAACGAAAUUCCGUUAAAAUCGUCAUUUUUAGCAGCAAAUUAUUGCACAAGUUUGAGGGCUUCGCAUUCAAAAACGAAUCACAAUCUCGUCUUUUUAACACUCAAAUCUUUUAUUCAACCUCAUAAGACCUCACAUAACUUUUUUUGUAAACACUGCGUUCCUCUUUGCGUGUAAAAUAAUUUAAUUUCGAAAGCAUACAUUUCUCUACAGUACAAGUACUUUGAGAGUAAAGUUAAUUUUCGGCAUGUGCUAAACCUUCAAAUGGAUUAAGCUUUGGGCGGUAGAAUUACCAAAAGAUGUUCUCAAUAUUACUGUAAAAAUUUCUUUGGGCAAAUGAUUUCAAAGUCCGUUAAAAUGCAGUUAUUUGAACUUUUGCGGUCAACAUUCCAGUCGCGAGUCACACACAUACUUUAAUAUGAUUCAAGCCAUAUGAGGCUGGAAAAUGUACAUGGGUACACAUUUCCAAAUGCUCUAACCUCAUUUACCGUUGAAGAAAGAUCCAAAGACCAUUUUACUGUGGUUAUCUUGUCGCUCGUCGUAUUUUUAACGUCCGAUGAAACUGCCUGUCAAUCUGCGAACUGUCACCAAUCUUCGCUAUAAAACGUUUGACAUCUUUCUGCACUGUGGCAUCUUAUCCAGCGGUUCAGUUGACUGUGAGCGUUGUUCGGUUUGUGGUGCAGUAGAUCUGAUCGAUGCUUUUAAAAGUGGCACCAUACAUAUGUUGCAGUCAAAGUAGUUUUGUAUACGGAGAGUCGACACCCAAUGCAAAUCAUACAAUGGAAAGUUAUUUUUUAUGGGGUGGGGGAGGGGGAAAGUAAAAAGACGUCACUCUGCUGCUAAGCUAUUUUGUUGUUGUGAACAUCGAAAUCUCUCACAUGUAAGUCGCGGAGAUCGGGCCUUUGACUAAUACUCGUUGAAAAGCAAAAUUUAAUACCUGCUAAAAAUAGUAAGCCUUAGAAAACAAAACCUGGUCUAUGGUAAUUACACGAUGCCUAUUGUUUGCUUAGAGGUGGGGCUUCGGAAUUUGUUUUUCACAAAUACACUAACUGGCACGGUCAGUGUCACUGUCAAGUCGCUUAUUGGCGGAGUUUGUGGUUACAACACUAGAGACGGAAAUUGUUCCUUUACUUUCGUGCACCAAGAAUAUUGCAAGUCAUGAGUCGGCUUUCAAAUUUACCUGUCCUGAAGACGACAUCGACCUUAUUUUGUGCCGAACGGACAUAUGUCGGCCCCUCUGUAGUUUAAGGUUUUAAACUGUAGUUGGGUCUGUAAAUGUUAACAGUGGUUAAUAGUAUCACUCCCUUAUGCAAGCCCCACCCAUUGGCCACAGCAUAUAGCACCCCAGCCUCACAUAAGCCACACAUCCCCACCACUGCGUUUUGUAGCAUGGUGUUGUAAAAAUGUACGAAAGGUUCUCUUUCAUGCUAUUAGGGUAUUUCUUGCAAUUUUAGUGGAAAGAAAAACACCCCUAUUAAGUACGACAGGCACAGAGCGUAAAAAAAACAAGAAUAAUUCCCUGUAAUAAAUAAAUGUAUUUUACUGUUUGUCACCAGACAAAGAUGACACUAUUACAAAAACGUUUACAGAAUAUAUAUACAGAAAAUAUUUUGUAGGUUCCAAGAAUUCAAUUCUGAUAGCGCUUAAUUAUAUAGAUUUUUGCCCUUCACGUACCCCCUAAAGUUCCUUUGUCACCGGUAUUGCGUGACAACCCAAAUACUCAAAGGGCCUACAUGUUUGUAGUCAACGCAGUUUAGCAUUGAAGUAGACUGUCAGAUGUAAUCUUUUAGUGCAUUGUAAACUGAGCAAUACUCGUAGUCAACUGAACCGUUGAAUAAGAUCGAUGCCACAGUGAAGAAAGAUAUCGAACGUUUGACAACAAGAUGGUGUUCGACAGGGUUGGUGGUUUCAUCGGGCGUUAUCAUUUAUACAGACCUAAAUACGACGAACGACAAGAGAAUCACACUAAAAUGGUCUCUGGAUCGGUCUCCUGCGGCAAAUGAGGUUAGAGCAUUUGGAAAUAUCUUUCUAUGUACAGUUUUCGGCCUCAUAUGGGUUGAAACCUAUAAAAAUAUGUGACUCGCAACUGGUAUGUUGACCGCAAAAGGUCAAAUAACUGCAUUUUAACGGACUUUGAAAAGCUUUUGUAUCGCUCUCAAUCAUUUGCCCAAACAAAUUUUUUACAGUUAUAUUGAGAACAUCUUUUCGAAAUUCAACUACCAAAAGCUUAAUCCAUUUGAAGGUUUAGCACAUGGUGAAAAUUAGUUUUAUUCACGAAGUAUUUUUACUGAAGAGAAAUGUUUGCUUUCGAAAUUAAAUUUUUUUUUAAGCGCAAAGAAGAGCGCAAUGUUUCCAAAAAUCAUUUUUUGAGGUCUUAUGAGAUCGAAAAAGAAGAUUUGAGUGUUUAAAAGACGAGAUAGUGAUUCGUUUUUGCACGCGAAACCCUCAAACUCGUGCUUUAAUUUGCUGCUAAAGAUGACGAUUUUAACGGAAUUUCGUUACUUGUAUUUUUCUCUGAAAUAGAAAGAUAUUUGGCCAAAAAAGGUAUCCAGUGAUUUUAGUUAUAGCCUAGCCUAUCUAACAUUAAAAUAAGAAAGAAAUCGAAUUUUCCACCCUUGCCGCGAUAUGUCUGAUUUUUACCGACGAUCGAGAAAAAAAUCCUACAUAAAGGUAGAAAUGAGGAGUUGAAGUGGCCGCGACUUCCAUUAAAAAUUAUUUGGGCGCCAUAAACCAAUUGGGGAUGAUUUAGUUUGAAGGAUAUGGCAAAGGACUUAUUUUUGUCUUGCAGAAGUUAUCUUAAGUCUGUUUGACAAGCAAAUGCAAACUGAUCCACACGAAGGUUUAAGGGCGGUAUGUUGGGAUGAAAUUUUAUUAGUACAUACCAUUUUCUGGGGAUGGUGGAGAGCAGUUUCAGAACUGAUAAGAAAAACUACAAGAAAACUUAUCGAAGGAAUAGCGUAAAUACUCUGAUUAUGGCUGAUGUUAAAAAAAAAAACGCACGUGGAAAUAACCUCUUCUCUCAUAAGAUUUAAUUUCCAACUCUCUCUAGAAUUUUUAUGGCAAUACAGACCAAGACGCUGUUGUGUAUCAUGACCUUUCCCCACCAAUCAGGGCAAGAUACAUCCGUUUCCGACCCACAAGUUGGAUUGGUGGGGUAACUAUGCGAGUAGAGUUGUACGGCUGUCUAGGUGAAGUUCAAUUUUGAAUUGCUAAUAAGAAUUCCUAGGUCCUUCAAGAAAUGAUUUGCAAUUCGCUUAUCUUUUAUCCUAUAUGUGAAAGAUAUCGUGCACUAUUAUUUCAUUUUGUCUUCAGUAUCUGAGCCUCUUAAAAAGGUUAUAGCAUUUUCCAUUUUACGCUCAUGGUGUUGUCGGCAUUAAAUUAUAAGCUUCCCUUUAAUUCACAAGACUCUAACCAAAAAUCUCCAUUUCGCUUGCAAGAGUCCUUGCCUAGCCCUACAACAUAUUCAAAUUCUUUCUCAAAUAGUUACAUUUUCCUCCCUGACGUUAACAUCCUCAGCCGAAAGUAAUGCAAUUCCCUCUAACUUUGUUUUUUUGUCCCCCGUUUUAAGUUUCUAACAGUAAGGAAGAUAGGUGCGGAUAUUAUCUCAAUUAUAACUUUUUGUUUAUGUUCUUGAAAUAUAAAGAAUGUCAAGACCCCCUUGGUAUGGAAAACGGUGCCAUUUCUGACGGACAAAUUAGUGCCUCUUCAGAACUGAGUACAGAUCAUGCGUCGACCAAGGGCAGACUAAUAUUAAGCGAGGGAACUUGGUUGCCUCUGAAAGACGAUGGCGACCAGUGGCUCCAGAUCGAUUUGCGAAAUAACAAUAUCAUCGUGAAACGAGUUGCCACACAAGGAAUGAAUGCUUCGCCUAAGUGGGUUACAAGCUACAAUUUACAGUAUGGCUAUAAAAAAAGUUACCUGCAAUAUUACAUGGAACAAGGGACGAUAAGAAAGGUCCAUAACAAUAUUAGUAGGGCUGCCUUUCCGUAGAGGAAACUAACAUUCAAAAAUAAAUCUUUAGAUUGUGCCCGAAAAACCCUUGAUUUUAUUUUUUAUUUAUUUAUUUUUUAACAUUGUUCCAAGUCAAUUGUUGUUGGUGGAGGAAAAUCAGAGUUGUGCUGUCAAUUGCAUAAGGAAAUAUUCGAUUCUAAUUAACUAUCAAUCUACUUAUUGCAACUUUAUCUCCCUAAGAAAAUGAAAAAAACUUAUUCCUCUUUUUAUUGUUUGUUUUUUUUGUUUGUUUUUUGUUUGUUUUGUUUUGUUUUUUCUCCAUUUAUCAAGGUCUUUGCUGGAAAUUACGACCAGAAGACAAUUGUUUAUCAUGACCUGAGCCCACCUAUCGUGGGACGUUACAUCCGAUUUCGUCCAGUUAACUGGCAGGAGGGAAUAGCAAUGAGGGUGGAGCUGUUCGGUUGUUCAGGUAACCUUAAGUGACGUUCGUUAAAACGUGAGGUUUUAAUCUUCCAUUAACUGACUGACGCUCUCCUUGUAUUAAGUCACGGAAGCUUGAAAGCGAGUUGAAGACAUAGCUUCAUAGGUUCUCCUUUCCAUGGGUUGUCAGGAAAAUGUGUAACUGGUGUAACAAAUGCUAGAAUUUUACAAUCAGCUGUCUAUCCUUAUAAGGAAACACACAGAUAAGCCGAAAGAUUGCACUGGAAAGUCAGUCAGACAGACAGACAAAUUGACAGUUAAAUAGGGGAAGUAGUCAAACACAUAGGAACUCAUAUAAAGCGGACUCAUAGUUUUCACGAAAUGGCGCAAUGUAACAAUACUAUGGGCUCAUUCAAUGCUACUUGUCUUCGAGGAUUCUCAGGAGAUGAUGUUGAUUGAAUUGGUGAGAUACAUAACUUGACCUGAUUUCCCAGCUAUAACCGUUGAUAAAACACACAAUUUCAUACAUUACGCUCUAUUUAUAACAUUAAUUUUAAUCGAGGCUUAGUGCAAGGUAUAUCUUUAUUAUGAUUGGAAUCACACAAUAUAAUACAGCACUGAAUAUGGAUAAAAGAGAGAGAUAUACCGUACUGAUGAAGUGUGCCGUCCUAUUGGAUAUAAAUUAAAUCUUUCAUCAGGUAGCAGUCUUUAGUAACCAAUAUUGAAUUUAUAUAAACUACAAUCUGCAAAAUGCUAAGUUAGCUCGUUAAUGACUUUUCUUGCAGCCGCCGAUGUCCCAGAAGCAAAAGCAAUUUUUCCUUUGAACAGUUUCUUUGAAACAAGGGAGAUCACUGAUAAACAACCUCAAGGCAUUCGUGGAGAUGUAUCCUCGGCGAUGGGUCCGAAUGGUGACAUAGAUGGCUCUUAUCGAUUUUCCGGGCAUGCGAACAGCUACAUCGAGUUCCCAAACGAUGGGGGAUUAGACUUGAAACACUCAAUCACAUUGCUAUGUUGGCUGUAUCCUGAGAAUACACACGAUGGGCCUCUAUUCAAUUACAAAUCAAGUGGUGAAUGGGCUGUUCACUUUUGGAUGAACUUGAAUGGACAUCCUUACGUUCACUUCAGAAAUAGAGAGUACGUAGCUACAUCUUAUGCUUUCUGGACUAAUCAGCCUUUGGCGACGCACCAAUGGCAUUAUAUUGGUGCUUCUUACGACUAUAUAACUGGAAUGGCAAGUCUAUGGGUUAAUGGAGUGAGAGUAGUAGAGAAGAAUAUCGGGGCCGGCAUAACGCUGGGUACACAGGAUAACGUCAGAGUUGGUGUCAAAGCAGACUAUCCUCGUUAUUUGACUGCAAGAAUUGCUGCCAUGCAGUUUUAUGACGUAGCCUUAUCGGAAGAGCAAAUAAAUAGAGUGAAACAUCUUGGCCUAGGUAACGAUGAAUAGAACGAGUCAUACUAAGAACAGCUGUGUGUGGCAUUCACUUAUGCUUGUUAUGUUCACUGUAUGCGAAAUGGUCAGUUAGUUUUCCAAAUCUUUUAUUUUAUUAAUUAUUUAUUGAUGAAUUCAUUUGAAAGCACGUUGGAUAUCUGCAUGCAUACAAAGGCAUCUGUACUUGUUAAAUAUACAUGCAAUCUUUAAUCUGCUUUCAAGUAAACAUUUUAAAGUAUAUUAAAUGUCUAUAAGAAUAUUGAAACCUGCGCGAGCUUGUUGAUAGUGAUUAUACUCAAGGAUGGGAUAUGACUUUGUUCCCAUAAUUACUAUUUCUGCUUAGAUGAAGAUGAAUGUCAAGAUGAGAAACACAACUGUGACGUGAAUGCUCAGUGUAACAACACGUUUGGCUCAUAUAACUGCACUUGUCUAGAUGGGUACUCAGGAAAUGGCGUGAGCUGUCUAGGUACGCACUACUCAUCGAAAUGUGCAUUAUCACUUGAAUGUAAAAUUACACGACCAUUCGUCUCGUAUUGUGGGUCAUCUAUUGGAUUUUCUGUCCACACGAUGAAAAACGAGAGAGAUGUUAUUGAAAUACACGGUGACUAAGGCUACUUACUUAAAAGUUUUACGUUGCCUUCUCCACAUAUCAUGGGUCACUACAACAAGGAGCACUAAGGAAAAUUUCGUUAGUUUGAAGUUUGAAGUUUGUAUUAACUGAAGUGUUUUUGCUAAAGAGCGCGUACAUUUUUUCCUUGAUAACCGCUGGUGUCUUAAAUGUCUCAAGCUUUUUAUUUAACACCAGCUAUUUUCCUCUUUCGUUUAGAUAUCGACGAAUGUACUGCAAAUGUGCACAACUGCGACCCAUUGGCUGUUUGUAACAACACUGUUGGAUCUUUUCACUGUACAUGCAUGUCAGGGUAUGAAGGAAAUGGUACGACUUGUGUAGGUGAGGGAUGUUUCCAUGUUCAGGUACCAUAAUCAGGCGUUGCCUCUCGUCCUCUAUGGCAAUGCACUAAUAGGUUUAAGGAGGAGAGUUUUUUGAGAGUUUAAAACAACUGGUAAAGAGCUUCGUUAAUAUAACCUGAACAAUAAACCUCCUCGAAAUUUACGCUCCUUCCCAUGAUUCUAUAGAUAUCGACGAAUGUGCAUUACAAGCUCAUAACUGUCAUGGAGUUGCUCACUGUUUUAACAAUCCAGGAUCCUUCAGCUGUGAGUGCCGAAAAAACUACAUUGGUGAUGGGGUAUCAUGUGAACCAGUUGGUAAGAAUUAUGUCAAUUUACAGUGAAAUUAUGUUAUCUGAUAAUUUGUUAUUAUCAUCUUUUCAUUGUCUUAGAGCUUGAAAAUCGCUCGUUGAAAUGUCAAGUAUGGGCUAUUUCGUACUGUUAAAAAAAACGUAAGAGAAUUCAUCAGGAAUUACACCCAUAUAACAAACGUUUAUUUUUCUUUGAGGGAGAAAAAUGAUGCAAAAACUCUGUUAACUAUUUCAUCCUCAGGAGAUUUCUCGGUGACCAUUAGAAACAUUUCAAAAGACAAGUAUCAGGCCACACCUGUACAACGCUCGGUCAAAAGUGUCCGUGAAGCCCUGAUACAGGGUCUAAAUAAAGAUUUAACUGUACUGACAAGUACCUUUGAAUGGAGUGUGGUUAGCGAAAUGGAGUUAGCUGCCUCGGAGUCAGCAUUAGGAACUGUAGUUAGUCAAGGGACAACGGAGUGGACGAUAGACAAACGAUCCAUACCUGCUGGUAUCUAUCAAGUUAAAUUCAAUGCGACGCUUGCAGUCGGAGAUCCAGCAUCCCCAAAAAUUCUCAACGCCUUUGACUAUGGCUUCAUAGAGGUUAUUGCGGCUCCCUUGCGAGCUAUUCUUGAUGGAGGAAGCAGUGUACGGUGGGGGUCCAAGGAAAACGUCACUGUGAAUGGCUCUUUAAGUUACGACGCAGACAUUGACCCUGGAAUGCAUACCGGACUCAAUUUCAGUUGGUCUUGUCGGAGUGACACUUCUGUAAGCAACACUUGUUUCGGUUCUUUUCAAAACGAAGGAGACUUAAACCCUACAAUCAUUACUAUUGAUCCAAGUAAACUUGAGAUCGAGAAGACCUUCUUUCUACGGCUGAAUGUGUCCAAGGAUGUGAGAACUUCCUUUACCGAAAUGUCCUUUAUGAUAGCUGCAGGAGAGGUACCACAGGUGACCCUCAGGUGAUUGUUAUGUAGCAUUAACUGUUAAUUAGAGAAAAUUUAAUACUCAAGAAAUCGGUGCAGGAAAGCUCUUAAAAAUGUGUGUAGUCUAAAAAAAGUUGGCUUUUACUUGUCGAAACACAGUUUCCCAGAAGCAAACGUACUUAAAAUGGGAAGGGAGACCCUAAGAAAGGUAUGCAACGUUUCAAUGGAAGAGUGAAGACGAUAAUCCUCCUAAAAAGAAUAGAGAGGUGGGGUGCUUUUAACAUUACAAUAAGUAUUCUACUCUCUAAACUAGCUUAACUUGUAUCUAGCUGUAGGACUCGAAAAGGCUAGUCAUUCUUUAUUAAAACUACUCCGAAACUAACAUUGACUUGCUUUACUAAAGACGAGCAGGUGGUGGUUUGAAAGCGCUAUUCACCGAUCUACUAAAGCUGUGUUUCACCUCUGAAAUCGAUGUCGGGAGUUCAGUUAAAUAAGUCCCAUUUGCUUGAAGUUGAUUUUACAGCUUUUCGUGAGUUGUUUAUGCUUUUCUAUUUUUUUUCCUUAGAUGUUAUAUAGAUUGUGGCGCAAUAGUGUCUGCCUCAAACAAGCUGCGGGUGACAUCAGAGUGUCUUAAUUCUCCUUGUAAUGGAUCUGUCUACGAAUGGCGUCUGUCCAUGCUAAAGGGUUCAGACAGUUGGGAAAAUAUACCUAUUUUACCCAAUAUGACUUCAACAGCUGUAAAUUCUACCAAUAUGAUAAUCAAUAAAAAUUCAUUACAAUCCAAAUCGAAGUAUAAUCUAACAUUACUGGUAGCAUCUUUGAAAGGAGCAUACGGGUUUUCUGUACUCCUCUUUGAAACCGCUGGAGAGCCGGAAAAUGGUUACUGCGCACCAUCGUUCUCUGAAGGCGUCUCACUGGAGACUGAGUUUACUUUUAAAUGCUUCGAUUGGCAGGAUACUUACUUGCCACUGACAUAUGAAUUUGCACUUGGAGAGGAACCUAUGUCCUAUGGCACGUCGCCCUCUUCUGUGUCGACAGUGUUACCUGCAGGAUCGCGGAACGAAGAUUUCCACCAACAAGUCACUAUUGUCAUUAAGAAUGCAGUUGGAGUAUCAGUUGUAGAGAAAUUACUUAUCAAGGUACUGCAAUUGUUUAUUUACGGGGGAAUUUUCAAUAAAAUAACUCUUUACGCGACCUAUAAAAACGCUACUUACAAUCUUUGCAUUUUCCAAUUUAAUUCAUAAACACUGUUUAGAAACUGGUUUCAACACGGUCUAAUCUUUAUUGGUGCUCGCUAGCCUUUUUUUAUCCAAUUCUAUAUCAUUGCCGCUUGGAUCCAAUAAUGCCAUAGAAUUUUAGCUCAAACGCCAAAAAGAUAUUUCAGUCCAAAAAAUAUUACAAUAUAUUUCACAUAUCCCUUGCAGGUGAGGCCAUCAUCUGGCCUUGAUCCAUGUGCUUCAUCACCAGAGGAAGUUGCAAUCAAGUUAAAAAGUUUUGUAGUCGGGGAAGGUAACAAGCUGGAUGAAUUUCUCAACAAGGGUGAACUCAGCCGAGCUGUUCAACUUGGUAUAUCUGUUUUCAAGUCUGCAAAUGAAAAAAGCCAAUGUGGACAAGAAUUGGACCCUAAGGACAAAACGUUGGUACGUUAAUAAAAUUGCUCAAAUACAGUCGGCAUCAACACUUUCAGAAUUAAAUAUGUUGUGUUGUUUCUUAGAACACGUAGCAAUUGCGCUUUUUGUUUAUUCGUGUCGUAAUGCACACUUAAAAUAUGUGCAAUGAAUCAUUUUAUAGAACAAUUCGAAUAUAAGGCGAGCCUUCAUCGCUAAAAAGAGCGUGCUUUAUGAGAGUUUAAAGUAUAGAGCUCAGCUAAAGCUGACACACUGUCACCCCAUCUGCCAAAUUGUCUACGUCAGACCAUCUCCCGGACUUCUCUCUUGUUUUUGCUUUUUUGUGUUUUUUUUUUGUUAAUUGAAAGUGAAAUUUCGGAGCAAGCGAGCCGGAAAGUAACAACAGCAGAACAAAACAAAGGUUUGUAGAAAUGCUAAGCGUCGUUAUUCACGUUAAUAUAUCGUGACCAGAGACGAAAAUCCUCAAAGAGUAAACGAAAUGGACAAUGUGAGUUUUAAAGUUUUUCACGCUUAGCUAGAUUACAAGCUUAUGGACGGUAAUAAAAUUCAAAGACAGUUAGCAAUCGUAUAACAUAUAAAGUUUCUUGUUAAAAAAAAAAACAGAAGAAAACAGGAAUAACCGGAAUGAUGAAAAAUAUAGCCUAAUUGUCAUUAUAGUUAAAAUUCAUACUAAACAUGACUGUGUCAGAGUGACUGUGACCAUGCUGAGUUGAUGAGGCGUGCCAUUUCUUGUUGCUAGAUUUCCAACACAUUGAUAUCAAAGUUUACAGCUAUAGCACCAGAGAAUCUUCAAAUGUCUCGCUUGGUUAUGUCAGUAGUAAGCUUGGCCGUGGGACUGGAGGCUGAACAAAAAUGCGAGAGGUGCAGUGACGGUGGCGGUAACAGCAACAAUAACAAUAUGGUACAACACUUUUUUUUCUUUUAAAUCCUUUUAUUGACAUAAAUUAAAGUUUAAACCUAAGGAUGAUAACCAUAACUGACAGAUUAUCCACAGAAAACGAUGCACCCGAUCAAAAAUGAAUGAAAUAUUUCAAUUUGUAACCGAGUUAAGCAACAAGCUUAUCCUCCCGGGUGAAUCGUAAUAAAUGAAAUCUCUAUUAUUUUCAAUAAUUCGUUAUUACUAUUUUGAAAACAUACAUGCAUCUCAUUUGCGAAUGAUCUAAAUUAUACAAUCCAAGAGUCUUUCCUUACAAUUUUAAAUCCAGUGAGGCAUAUGACGCAUCGGUGUUAUUUUCCCCAGGAAUUAACAAUGCAAUUGACUGAUAGUACAGCACAUAUGAUGAUUUCCACCCUCAACGAUCCGGAGGAGCCUUUCACACCGGAGUUAGAACAAACAGCUACAAGUAUUACAGGCUGUCUCACAAAUGUUCUCAAGUCUGCUGCAGGCUCGAGUCAGGACGACACAGACUUGGCAGUAACCCCACCCUCUCCAAAGGUAAAGAUCACAAUUACAGUUACAAGUGCGAGUAUCACAGAAAUCAGUUCAUUCUCUAUACACUCCCUUGUUGGAGUUUCGUUUUUGCCAUCAAUUCAGGAUGGGUCAACUCUAAGGCAUAGAGUUUAGAUUGAGCGAACCAAACGGCGAGACCAGUGAAGGCAGCGAGGAAGAACAGUGUAUUACGAUUUAUUAGGUCUAAUAAAGUGGAAAAGUCAUCGUAUUGACUACGUAAACAUGUGACUGAACAACAUUUUUUUUCACUUUCCUUUCAGUUCGUGAAAAAGGCCUCCGAAAAACUGAGCAAGAUGACUGAUGCAUUUUUUGGCCGCUUGGUUCCAUCAGAACAUCUGCUCUUAAAAACUCCAAACUUGGCAAUAUCGCUGAAAAAGGUCACAGCUAAUGAUGCAAAACGACUCAGCAUAGGAGAUGGGCCAAGUAAAUUCAAGCUCCCAAGCCGCCUUGGAAAUAUAGGUGCUGGAGAGAUAAAUGUAAAGGUACGAUGCCAUUCUUAUCCUAAAUCACUUGGGAAGGAUUCUAGACAUCGCAGCCCUGAUUGGUAACUACGUUUUCCUGUCUCCAUGUCUACUUAAUUAAUAUGAUAAAAUGACAAAAUCUAUUAACACCAUUUUUUUUGUACGCGAGAAAAACUCCUAGAGUCGCCCUUGCCAAGUAAAUUUACUAAAACCUUAUUGUGUUCUCUUUCAGAUGCAAGCUUUUGAUUUUAACCCUUUUACUUGGGACAAUAGCAGCAAGAAAAUCAAAUCACGCGUCACGAGUCUUGAGCUUAAAAGUAACAGCGCGGAAAAGAUAAAUGUAUCAAAUCUUGACAAUGACAUUGAGAUCUUGAUUCCCAUUUUCAGUCCAGCUCAGAACUCCACCAACGGGACACAGCAUAGCUUUCUUAAGCCAAAUCAGAUUUCAGUUCGAAGUUAUUACGCGGAACUAACCAAUGUUCCUGUAUCUCUUAAGUUGAGUAUGGCCAAAGCGGGAAUACAAAUCAAUCUGUUCAUAAAAUUUGGAAAAAGACCAACCAUAAAUGACUUUGACCACAAUUUUACAAUGGCUUUCACAUCUACAUGUGACAACCAAACAGAUGCUAAUGCAACCUGCUUUAUAAGAUAUAGUUCGGUUACAGUAACACCUUCUGAGCCAGGUUUCGUCUACGCGGGCUUAUUGUUUAAAAGCCCUAAGAAUGAAAGUCAACAUUCUAGGCAAAAAAGAUCCUGUUUUGGAAAUCGUCGAAAACGACGGUCAUGUGUGGGCGUUAAAGAUCCACCGCCAAAAGGAUCUCUUAGCACUGUGAUUCCGAAAUAUGAUCCAAACACAGACAUUAACUACACAUUGACCAUCACCCAGUCGAGUUGUUUGUAUUGGUCAGAGAACACAGAAAAGUGGACCGCGGAAGGUUGCCGGGUAAAAACUAAUCAUUUCUUAAUUUUACAACUGUUAAGUCAGCUUUACUGAGUCAAAUCCCUCAUGCAUUUGUCACUGUCGCCUACCUUCGAUAAGGAAAGCAAUCUUAACAUUUCUAUGGGAGGGAGUUGUUAGUAUAAACAUUUUACAUUUAACAUCUGGAUGCCAAUUGGCUACAAAUAUAGGGUUAGAACAACUAAUCAACUUGUUUAUUUUAAUGUCUUCUCUUUUGUGUCGAACGGGUCUCAGUUUUCGUUUACUAAAGCAAUUCAUCAGUUCGGCACGGGAUUAAACUUUUCUAAGUUAAUCACGAUCGUGCCUGAGUUUAAUUUGAAAACAAUCAUUUACAGAAGUCGAGGUAAAAGAUAAUUUUAAUAUAUUUCACACAGACACAAAAAAGUAGUUGUGUUCUUUCAAUAUACCAAAAACGCGAUAGGAAUUUGAACUCUUGACUCGCGCUUUUGCGCUUUUCUGCUCGGAGAUGAAUUGUAUUUGCUAUUCAUUUUCGAACUAGGUAAUCAACGCACGCGAAAAGCACUAAUCGCUUGUGUGCUAUACACUAAUGCUCAAGAUAAUGUUCAUUUCUUCCGCUUAACUGAAUUUUUUUGUUUUCGUUAAAGGUAAGCCAAGACUCGAACACCACCCAUCUUAAAUGUCUCUGCAAUCAUUUAACAUCUUUUGGUGGAAACUUCAUCCAAGCACCAAACCCAAUUGACUUCGACAAAGUUUUUACUGAGUUUUCAAACCUUGCUGAAAGUGGCAAUAUUUCAGUACUUGUGACAAUUGCCAGUUUUUUCCUUCUGUACUUCGUUGUCUUAAUCCUCGCAAGGAGGGCCGACAAGAGAGAUGUAGAUAAGGUAAUCAUAUUUCAACCUGUAGUUGUGUAUUUUGAACUAUUUUCACCUUCGAAUGUUUCUUUUUUUUCAGAUUUGCCCUCCUAAAUUGAUACCGCUUGUGAGGAAAGGAGCCUAUUAUUACGAUAUGGUUAUAAGCACGGGCGUUUGGAAACAUUCAGCAACAACAGCUAACAUAACCAUCAGUAUCAAGGGCGAAAAUUAUGGGCAUAGUCAAAUUCUAUUGAACGAGAAAGGGGAGACGAGUGAGCUUUUCGGACGAGGGAGUAUCAACGGCUUUGCUCUCGAGAUGAAAGAAUCCAUUGGCCCUUUAAAAGAAAUUACUUUGGAUCAUGAUAAUUCGGGUAACAAUCCGUCUUGGUUUGUGGAAACCGUAGUUAUCCAAGAUCGUCAGACCGAAGAAAGAUGGGUUUUCCCCAUCAAUAGAUGGCUUGCGUUGGAAAAAGAGGACGGCCAAAUAGAGGUAACUGUGGAUAGCAAAUCUUACUCUGCCUUCUCAUCUCAGGUUCGCACGCGCUUGGCCAGAAAACUUGCCGACAGUCACUUGUGGAUGUCAGUGUUUGGGAAAGCAUGUAGCAGUACCUUUACACGUGUGCAAAGAGCUUCAUGCUGCCUUUCAGUUCUGUUUAGUGCCAUGAUAGCAAAUGCCAUGUUCUAUAACAUUGGUGGCGAAUCUGAUGGUGCUAUACAGGUUGGGCCUUUUAAGUUUUCCUGGAGACAGAUAGUCAUCGGAGUACAAAGUGGCAUUAUCAUUGCACCAGUAAACAUAAUAAUUGCCUUCUUGUUUAAGUCUAGCAGACCGAGGAAGAAAAGGAGCGAGAAAUACCAAAGUACAGACGGGGCCCAACGACUUUUGGAUGAAAUGAUGGACAGUGGUUGUAUGCUUCCUCAUUUCUUUGUUUAUUUGAGCUGGUUUCUCUGCUUCUGUACGACAAUGGCAGCAGCAACGUUUACGCUGUUUUACAGUUUAAUGUGGGGAAAGGAAACCUCUGAACAGUGGCUUGCUUCUAUUCUCAUUUCCAACGGACAAGAUAUUUUCGUUGUACAGCCCACGAAGGUUAUGAUAGCAGUCAUGGUUAUUUCCUUUGUCUUCACAAAAAAGAACAGAGGCAAAUGCGAAGAAGAAGAAGAAGAAGAGACCACUAUCGAUUCACUCGCAAUUGAGAUAGAUUUUUUGGGCGAUGAUCCCAAACAGUGCUAUAAGAAAUAUCAGCAGGAAAAGAUGAGGGAGAGAUCAAAAAAGGAAGCUCAGUUAACAAGCAUGACAAGAGAAAUUGUUCUGCAUUUGAUAUUUGUGUUUCUUCUGGCUAUCGUAUCUUAUGGGAACAAGAAUGGAAAUCGUUUUCUGAUGACGACCGAGAUGAGAAAUCGAUUUACUAACUUCAAUCUGGUAAGAUUAAUAUGAUUUCGCAAGCCAAUCCAUAUCGAUUUACUAACUUUAAUCUGGUAAGAUUAGUAUGAUUAUGCAAGCCAAUCCAUAUCGAUUUACUAACUUUAAUCUGGUAAAAUUAAAAAUGUUUUUUGUCCGCAGUUAUAAAAUAUUUGGCAGCGUUCAAAAGCUAUUUCGCAUGGUAAUCGACCCUUAUAUCAGAGAAAGAUAACAGACUCGUAGAUUUUUAAGAGAGAAAUAGAUACCAAAGUCAGUCGCAAUACCACACCUAGCGAUGGCAAGUGUGCAGGCUAAUUUACCAUAGAUAUAUCUGUACUGAAGCAAUUUUCUACUUAGUGAAAAUAAUGACUUUUACCUUUACAAAAAAGUAGUAGCGGUGUUACUAUGGAUUUCAAACUCGCGUUCGCUAUUAAGUGCAGUGGGCGUUUGAAUUCUUUGUUUAUUAAUAUUUUAUUAAUUGUUUCCUAAUUGCAUUUAAGAUUGGCAGUUAGUCUCUUUCCCCCUUCACUUCUUUCCAGUCUUUUGAUUUCAUCACACAUUCUAUCCUCUUGAGGGGUCCUUAGACCUUAAGGUAUUAAUUUUCUAAUUACUUAUUCUUUAUUUUAGGUAGGGGAUGCACACGGUUUAGGAGCAUGGUUAAAGAACGAAUUCAUAUUAAACAUCUAUAACCAGGCGUGGUACAACGGACUUGAAGAGAAAAACGAUGUGUACAUCGGGAACAAGAUGUCGAUAUUAGUGGGAAUGCCCUGGUUGCGACAGCUCAGAAUUAAAAAAAGUAAACUUUGGUCAGAAUAUAUUAUUUUUAUAAACAAACAGGUUAUCACAAAGGACUGUUUGAACUUGACGAUGGACAAUGGAGCUCCUAAAUUGGUGGGAAAAAAAUCCUAAUAUACGAUUGGAAAGUGCUAGUUGAAAGAGGAAAAUAUCAUAAUGGCUUAAUCAAUUCGAAAACUGUAACGCUGGAAAUUAAAAGGCUCGUAACUAACACACUUAGUUAUAAUACUAGAGGUGCCAAGAUAGGGCAUAGCAAUAAAAGAAAAACAAUUGUUUAGAACACAUUUCAACUAGCUGCUUACGACUUGACUCAAAAGCAAUUUUAGAACAAUAACCUUCAACUCGAUAUCAAGAAACUUUACCGGCGUGCUAUUUUUUUGCUCAGCAUUUUUCUCUUUCUCUGUUUCACUUUAUCUGCAUUUGAGAAAACUGUUAAUCUUAGAGUAACUUAUUCCUCUCUUUAUUGUUUAUUUUUACUUGAAGGUUCCUGCCGUUUACUUUCGAGAAUUAUAGCAGAAUGUUAUUACGACUAUUCUCCAGAAAAUGAGGACACGACUUUGCUAAGCCUUCCAGGUUGGAUACCUCUCUCCCUCAAUACUUCGUGGCCUGAUGCUCUCCAAAUUUGCCCUAAGCCUUGGCGAUAUCAAUCAGCAGCAGAACUUCGCAACGAUCCCAUUUUAGCAUCCUACAACUCUUAUGAAGGGGGUGGUUAUGCAGCAGUCAUGGGAUACGAUGAAAGCACUGCACAAGGUGUCCUCAACGAGACUAUUACUAAUGGAUGGCUUGAUCGCCAAACUCGGGCUGUAAUUCUAGAGUUUGCUGUUUUCAAUGUCAAUACAAACUUGAUUAGCGUUGCCACAUACUUUUACGAGGCCUUAGCUACUGGUGCAGCCUACACUACAAGGAGAAUUGAAACACUCGAGUUGUACAGCACUGAGUCAGGAGCUCUGAUGUUUUUCUUAAUUGGCCAGUUUCUGUUCAUGGCAAUGGUCCUCUUUUACCUCAUAGUUAUAUUGGUUCACCUUUAUCAACAACGCCUAGGACUCUUUAAGUCUGUUUGGAACAUGGUGGAUUUCUUCAUGAUAAUUUUCUCUGUAGCCUCUGUAGCAUUUUACAUGAUAAGAGCUAAAAGCGUUUUGAACACUGUCAAAUCUAUUCAAGCCAAUCCAUAUGAAAUCGUGCAUUUCCACACAGCCUUGGAUUGGCUUAACCUUGAAAAUGCGUCUAUUGCUGUCGCUGUUUUCAUGGUGACAGUCAAGCUUUUGAAUCUAAUUCGUUUUAACCCACAUGUAAUAUACUUGUUUUCGUCUUUUCGGCAAUCUAUAGGCUGUCAACUCUCGUAUGUGCUCCUUUUUAUGAUCGUGUUUAAUGCAUUUGUUGUGACAGGUAUGAUAUUUUUCGGUGGUGUAGUAUUAGAGUAUUCUAGUUACCUCAAUGCAGUCAUGUCGCAAUUCGAAUUCCUGUUAGGAAAAGCAAUCCCAAUGGACGCUCUUCGAAGGGACAAACCCUUCAUUGGUCCGACGUUUGCGUUUUUGUUUUGUAUAUUCACAAGUAUAUUUCUUAUGAAUAUUCUGAUUUCUAUCCUUGACGAAUCAUACGGUGACGCAAAAUCAAACGCAGAGGAAAAUGCAAAAGAGCUGGAGAUGGCACGUUUUAUUGAGGAGCGUUUAAUGGAAAAUUUCCACGAGGGAAUUAAUCGGACUGAGUUUAAAUUGUUUUGCGAUGAGACAAUAUUGGUUAACAUGUGCCUUUCUGAAGCUGAGCCAUUUUGUUUGAAUUCUGAUUGUAUCAUCCAAUGUACAGAGGAGCGAAUGCUAAAAGUGGAAAAAAGACUUACUGUUCUCACUCGGCGAACAGAGUACAUGGAGGCUGAUUAUUUGAAAGAGGAAAAUAAUUUUACUGACCUCUUGUUAUUAAUGAUAAAUCCUUCGGUGCAUGAUUUGGAAAAGAAAUCAAAAGAUCAUAUCUGA